AUGGCCAGCAUGAACGAGCCUGCUUCAACCACAGCAUCAUCAGCCACUCAGCAAACCCAAGCUGAAGACAGAGCAGCCUCGUCGAUGCCUGAUAUCACCCAACUCUCGCUCGAACACAACCCAGACAUUUUCACCAUCAUAUGCUGCAAUGAGAGUUUCUGGCUUGCCCUCGACCUGAACACGAUCAAGACCCUCCUCCGAGUGUGCAGGCGUGCCCGUCCCCUUCUGAGCUUCAGGAUAGCUCGCUUCCAUCACUGGUGUCGGAAGGAAGGACUGUGUCGUCCAGACGGAUCGCUGCGGAUCGGCCUCACACCCAGUGACCAGAUCACUCUCUCCCUGCACCGCAAGAAUCAAGAGACAACUGAACGAUCCUGGCUCGUUGCCCAAGCCGACAAAGGCAACGCUGCCGCAUCGUAUUUCUUGGCAAGAAUCCUUCAAGUCGAUGUCGCUCGCCAGCGGUAUAUGGACAAGCACAAGGAGCAAGCUAUCCGCCAGCGAAUCUUCCGCCAUCUGGAGAAUGCCGCCAACGCACACCACACGAUGGCAAUGUUCCACCUGGCUGACUUCUAUCACGAUGGCAUUGGUGUCAACCGAAAUUUCACCAAGGCUGCCGAACUGUAUCGUGAUCUUGCAGAACGCGGAAUCCCUCAGGCCCAAAUAACCCUCGGUCAAUGCUACGAGAUUGGCGAAGGUGUCGAUCAAGAGUAUAACACAGCCAUCGAGUGGUAUUCCAAGGCUGCAGACCAGGGCAGCGAAGACGGCCGCUUCCACAUUGUGUUCCUCCGUGGCUGGCUUUCGCUGAUCAGCCAUGGUGUCGAACAUUGCGAUGUCGAUGCCUUUAACCAUUGGCAGGAGGUCAGCACCCAAUCCACCCACCCAAUCAUCAAACCCAUCGCCACCCACAUGGUCGGAUGGAUGCACUACCUUGGCCGGGGCACCGUUCAGGACAAACAGAAGGGUACAAAGAUCAUCCGCGAUAACAAAUCGGAUGAGUUCAGGCUGGGUGAGGACAAGUGUCUUACAAAGUUCUUUGGGACGCGUGCCGACUCCAACUCCCACGCAGCCCGCAAAUUCUUCAAUCUCUGCCGGCUGGGAUCGGACCACGACUGGCUGUGUCGACACCUCAUGACUGUGUGUCUGUACUAUGGAUUCGGAACCACCAAGGACCAGAAGAAGGCAGCCGGUAACUUUGAGCAACUCGCCAACGAAGGCCGCAGCGACAGUCAAUAUUGGAUCGGAGAGUGCUGCUACUGGGGUGUGGGUGUAUCGCAGGACCACAAGAAGUCAUUCGAGUGGUUCUGCAAGUCGGCCAACCAAGACAACUCAUAUGGGCAGAAUAUGGUUGGUUUUUGCUACUAUUAUGGAAUUGGAGUCACCGAGGACUACACCAAAGCAGCCAAGUGGUAUCGCAAAUCAGCCGAGCAGGGAAAUCGAUACGGACAAUUUUUUCUUGGCGAGUGUUACCAGUUCGGCUAUGGUGUCCCCAAGAACAUCGACACCGCCUUCGUCUGGUUCCAAAAGUCCGCCGACUAG